AUGAAACUCGAUAAAGCUGAGGUAGUAAAAUACAAAAAACAUAAAAAAGGAAUCUAUAAACCUGUGAAUGAUUCUAAAAAAGCCGAAUUAAGUUAUGAAACAACCCAGGUAUUUAACAAAAAUAUCGAAAAAGUUAGUACAGUUGAAUCAUGUGAUCAACCAAAUAGAGAAGGACUUUUGAGAGUAAAAG